GCUCCGCGGACUUGGGAAAGAGACUUUGGCGGACAUUUGGGACACCUUGCUUCGCUUCGCGGAAGAGCCCGGCAAUGACGACGAAGGAGAUGCGCUGGCAUGCAUCCAAGGGCGUUGGUAUGUGCAGACCAAUGACACAGGUUCCGCGAAAGAGCUUGUGGCGAUCCAGUCCGAAGAGAGGCUGGGCAUCGUGGAAGCUCGCUUCGCAUGCGAGCAGCACCCGGUUAUCCGUUUCUUCGCACUGUCUGAGUGGGGGCGCCACGCCUACCGGUCGCAGAUCUUUUGCUCCAAUGCCGCACUUUCCUACGCCGCGCUCGUCCCGAACAUGAAGCCGCGCAAAGUGCCGCUUUGCAAUCCGCAGUUCGCCGGACACAUAG